CCCCUGCCCUACGAGCAGCUGGCCCACUUCUGCCGCCGCCCCCGCGCCGCGCCGCCCCCGUCGCCGCCCCCACCCCCGCCGGUUGAAGAUGUGAUUAAGAAGCUGCAUUCCACAGACUUGGGCAGCAAAAAGUGUCAGCAGGCGUUAGUGGAUCUGGAGGGGCUGUUCCAGCACUUGGAAGCCAUGUUCCGCCUGACGCUAGUCCCCCGGAUCCUUAUCCUGCUUGGAGGCAAUGCCAUGAAUCCUAAGGAGCUCUAUGAGAUCAACUUGGAGGGCAUCUGUGUGGGUAAUGCUGAGGAGAGCCUGCAAACACCAUCCUGUGUUCGUAAGCUCUUCCACUCGCUCUUCCUUGCAGAUGUCUUCAGUGAAUUACAGGCUCUCCCUGUCAUGGGCACCACUGUCAUGGUCCAAGGGCAUCGUGACUGUGGCACUGACUGGUUUCGACCCAAGCUCAACUACAAAGUGCCAACCCGAGGGAGGAAACUGACUGUCAACUUGUCUUGCAGUGGAGAUAGCUGUACAAGUCCUUCUACCCACAUGGGAAUGACUUCUCCCUGGGAGGACUACAUAUGGUUCCAGGCACCAGUGACAGUCAAGGGCUUCCAUGAAUGACUCUUGUUGUACUGCAUUUUAGUAGGGCUUUUAAUAACUCUCUGGUGCUGCUUUACUUGACUUUUUAUCAAAUGUAAUCGCAUAUCCUCUCUUGCUUGAAGCCGUUCUCCAGGGCAUCUGCUACCUUCUGGCAUCUGGACAAUGUUCUGUUUUUUGUUUGUUUGGUUUUGUUUUGUUUUUUUUUCAACAAUGUCUUAAAUUUCUCACUGCUACAUUGUCAGAGGCAAAUCCCUGUAGAGCACAGUUAUGUCCACAGAUGAAGGAAGGUGCCAGUUUUCUGGGGAACUGACUUGCAGCAGGUGAAACUGGCUAGUGGGUUAAAGCAACAUUAACUCUUCUGCAGCUUACCCACUCAACCAGCCAAUACUUGAAGUAGCUGUUUCGGGGAAUUUUUUUUCUCCAGGCUUAUUGUGGUGCUUAUGGAGUGUUCCCUUUCUGCUGGCUGGCAAAUCACUGUGCAAUGCUAAUGGGUGAAUCUGGACUUUCAUAAUCAGUGCUUAGAAUGAAUGAUACAAGGAGGUAAAUGCUAUAGGUGGUCUUACUAAGCACUCAGGAUCUCUUACCUUAUAGCAGGGUUGUCAACUCAUGGUCUGCAGGGCUGGAUGAUGAUUGCUGGAUCAGGACGGACUCCCUGUGCCAUGUGCAGGACUUAGUGCCAGGUUCAGCGUGUGCUUUGAGUGCAGCACAUGCUGCCCCAGAGCUUGCUGUGCACAUGGUGCGUAGGCUGGACCUGGGGCUGCAUGCAGCAUUGGCGGGGGUGGGGUCUGUGGCACAGGCUGCAUGUGGUGUCUUGCUAGACCACCUCUGGAGCCAGCGCACAAGCCAGUCUAGCCUUUGUGCUGCAUACAGGGUACGCCCUGGACCAAUAGCCUGUGCUGUGUUCUAUGCACACCCAGCACUGAGUCCAUUUUAUGUGCCAAAUACAGUAUGCAGGGCCAGAGCUGGCACGUGCCCCAUGCAGUGCAUGCAGUUUGGUCUGGAUAUCCACGGGCUGAAUCAUAUGGCUCCAAGGGCUGGAUCGGGCCCACAGGCCAUAUGUCUGACACCCCUGUCUUACAGCAUGGUCAUAUUAUGAAGGAGAGUAAGGGUUGCUUAGGCAUGUCCUGUAAAGUACAAAUAUACAAUGCUGUAAGUUAAUUCACUUAACACAAAGGGUGAUGUUCCAAAUAUGGGGGAUCAUCAACAACAGUUAAUGCCUUCUAUCCAGCAGUUGAUAUCAUCUUUCUGUACUUCAGAAGAGUUUUCUGACCAGUUUCACAUGAACCCACUCAGUCUAGACUCUUAAACUUUCAGACUCAGUCUUAUGCUGUUUGAUCUAACUGGUGAGAAAAUGGAAGUAGGGCAGCAAGAUGACAUAGCACUGAGCUUCAUGUUCUGAGCUUGGAGUAGCCUGUGUUACUCAAAGGAAAAUUUUCCUGCUUUCAGAGUUGGUAAUGAGACUUGAAGGGAAUGUAUCCUCUCAGUUCUGCACUGUGGACGUGAAUGUAAAACCCAUUAAGAAAAGGAACUGUAGAUCCAAAGUUCAGAUCCAAAGUGCUGAUAAAGCUGCUCUAAUCCCUUGGUUAAGGGUGAUCCUA